AUGAAUCCAAAGGCGCUUCUAUCGUUUCUACUUGUUACUUAUCCUUCCGUAAUUAUAGGAUUAACCACAAACUUCAAUUCGCGUUCAACAACGAGCUUAUUUGCAAAAAAGCAACAGAAUCGAAAAUCCUCCUCCUCGAAGGCUCCAGCUUCCAAGAGUGUAGGAGGUUUUGGGAGUGCGCCAAAGCCAGCUUCUGAUGGAAAGGUCCGAACCGUAUCUGGUUUUGCAGGUAGUGGUACCAAGCCUCUUCGCGUUGCUGCAAACACGUUUGAUAAGCUACGAAAGGACUAUGGUAAAGAAUACACGUCAGAUGUCUACUGCAAGAGUCCACUGAAUGAUCCAGAACUGCUUUGGUUUGUUGGGAAGGUCAACAUUCGUCCGAAUACAGCAGCAACACCAGAUCAAGCUGUUAUUGCUCAGAAAAGACUAAUUCUUGAGUACGCAAAACGCGAGCUACGACCCCAGAAUCUUGGAGGCAAAUAUGCUUCAUCUUUGGAACUAUGGUUGGCACCUGGUGAUUCCGAAAUGGAUGCAGUGCAAAACAAGGUGUCAAUCACGAAGGUUGAUGGAUCAGUUGCAGAUCUUAGUGAAGAUUUCUCUGUGAACGAUGUUGGGUACAACCCCGAAAUCUAUGUUGGGGAUGAAGUGGAAAAGGGUGGUUUGAGAAUCAAACGAGAUGAUGAUGGAAACCCAAUCAAGCCGGUGUUUGAAGUCAACCAAUAG